UAAGAGACAAAACGAAGAAAACUGUAAGAGUUUAUUGAGAACAUCAAAAUGGUUGUCAUCAAGUUGAUCGCGAUUGGCCUAUCGAUUUUGGUGCUUGUGUUUUCCAAACAAUGUGAGCUCGAUUAUCCGCCAUGCAUGUGUACUGCUGAUAUAAGACCUGUCUGCGGAAGUGAUGGAUGUACCUAUAAUAAUAUAUGUGAAUUAGAAUGUGCUAAAUGUUAUUAUCCAGAUCUGUAUCUAGCUCAUAAUGGAACAUGUGAAUGCAUUUGCACAGCUAUAUCAGAACCGGUUUGCGGUACAGAUGGCAAAAAUUACGAAAAUCCAUGCGAACUAAAUUGUGCUGCAACUGCAAACAAUGAUCCAUGUUUGACUAUUGACUGCUAUGGACAGUGUCCUUGUAUAGAAGACAGUAAUUAAGUAAUAUUUCUUGCAUUAUUACAAUUAAGAAAAUAUGUCAGCAUUGUUUGAAAUUUUUAAAAUUUUGCUCAAAAUGUAUUCAAACAUUCAUUAUUACGUUUAUUUAAUAAAUUCCAUUCAUGAAUUUAGAUCAAUAAACGGUAAAUAAUGCAAGCGAUUGAGAAAUAACAGCAUGUAUUAAGGACCAGA